AUGAUAAUUGCCACCGUUGGACCAUGUACUUGGUGCAUUCCAAGACGUUUCGACGGCAUCGCCAUAAGACUUACUGAAGACGCUGACUACGAUGCCGGCGAAACGUCUAAGAAUGUACCGCGUCCACGGCCUAGCGCUGGGAAUUAUCAUGACUAUGACAGCAGAGGACUUGGGAUAAGAUACGUCCAAUUAGAUUGCUUUGGCAACACAACCAAGUUGCGAAAACAAGGUCAGACCUCUUCUGUACAUCGAAAGAAGACUGCGAAAAAAGUAGAUGCCACAUCACCUUGGUCUCGACAACCGCUUCGAAUAGUCUAUUUACCCAUUCACACACUUAUGUCUGCUCGUUUCCUCCAAUGUCGCCUGAGAUUGUCGCUUCAAGAGGAUUCAGCAAGGUCGAAUCACCUUCACCACCGGUUUCAGAUGUCGUUUGCAGAGCUUCUGAGCCAUGACUUCUCACUUUCACUUAGCCCCUCCCCCAUCCCGCUGGCCAGUACUUUCCUCAGAAUCACCGUAUGGCUAGCUGCCCUUGAUCCUCCAAUUCUGACACCCGUUUACGUCAUAUUUGAGGAUUCAAAGAUCGGAAUCUUAUUCUCUCUGGGCUUCAGAACAAUGCCCAGUUAUCCUCUUUCUCAUCAUCUUUCUCUCAUGCCCUAUAAAGAGAGCAUGAUUCAUAACUGCUUGUGUGAAAAUCGACUGUUUGCCUUCUCCACUCCUAAAUCGCGGAAAGUAGACUCCUUGUCUCUCAAGUUGGCAGUCCCACCUAAAUCUACAGUUCCAUUGAGUUGUGUACAAGUACGUUGAUAUACCCUAACCGGUAAGUCUUCAGACAGAUUCCAGGUUUGGCUGCUUUUACUGCAAUCGCCGUUUCUUGAAUCCCUUUUGUCCUUCGUGAUCCUCUUUUUGGCGAUGUUUCUUCCUGUUGUUGAGUAG